UAUAACACAACAUGUACAAAGGAAUCUCCUCCUUUUUCUGUUCCACCCUUCACACAAUUAUAAUCUUACAUACCACAUUCAGACUAUAAAUAAACAUGUUCUUAGUAAAGAAAAUUGCAUCUAAAUUUGCCCAAGUGUAAUUGAUAGAAAGAAUUAUCUAAGAAUGGGGAAAAUAACUUUAGGAACAAGCCGAGAGGCAACACAGCCAGACUGUAUCAAAGCUCUGGUUGUUGAAUUUAUCUGCACUUUCCUCUUUGUUUUUGCUGGAGUUGGAUCUGCCAUGGCUGCUGAUAAAGGAGGAGCGAGUCCAAUACUAGGAUUGUUGUUCGUAGGAACAACACAUGCUUUUGUAGUGGCAGCAAUGGUAGCAGCUGGAUUCAGCAUAUCAGGAGCUCAUUUGAACCCAGCAGUCACACUUGGCCUAGCAGUUGGUGGUCACAUUACAGUUGUCAGAUCUUUUCUUUAUUGGAUUAUCCAAUUACUUGCUUCUUCUCUUGCUUCCUUCUCUCUCAACUACGUCACCGGUGGGAUGGUGACUCCAAUCCAUAGUCUUGCAAAAGGAGUGGACCCUAUCCAAGGAUUGGUGAUGGAAGUGAUACUAACAUUUUCACUUAUCUUCACAAUUUACACUACUUUAGUGGACCCGAAGAAAGGCCCACUUCAAACCCAAGGAAUAUUACUAACUGGGCUUGUAGUUGGGGCCAACAUCUUUGCUGGUGGGCUUUUCUCUGGGGCAUCAAUGAACCCAGCUAGGUCUUUUGGACCAGCUUUAGUAAGUGGCAAUUGGACUGAUCAUUGGAUCUAUUGGGUUGGCCCACUCAUUGGUGGAGGUCUUGGUGGGCUCAUUUGUGAUAACUUCUUCAUUUUCAACUCUCAUAUUCCUCUUUCAAGAGAUGAUGAAGCUUUCUAAUUUCAUAAUGUGAAAUUAAAUGUUACAUAAUACAGAUUAUUAGCAUUUAAACUUCUUGUUUUAAGGUCGUCUCACCGAGGUCGUCUAAGUAAAAGACAAUUUCUCACAAGAAUAGCUCUAAAUGUUAUUAGUUGCAAAUGUGUUUUAAGCCUUUGUACAAAUGUGUUUGACGUAACUUCAUCAAUUACUAGACGUUUAAAUCAAAAUUUGAACCAAUUAAUAUAUGCAUUGAGAUUGUUAAAGCCACCAGGUAAAUGGAACAAAAACGUCCUAUAGAUAAACCUUUUUAAAAUCAAUUGGUAAUAAUAGAAAAUUAUUUUAAUAUGAAGAAUUUCCCAUAAUCAUUUUAGUGGAAUUGGCUUGCAUGUCAUUACACAAACUAUAUAUUCUUUUGUAUUGGCCACAAAAUUUGAAUAAAAUAAGAUUAUUUAACAA